AUGGCGCACGACCAAGCAAACGGAGCUCCAGCGGAGGGUGGUGUACCGUCAGAAGCGAUUCGAAACCUGAGCUUCGCCCGGCUGUCGAUUUUGGACGCGCGGGGCGGACAGGGCAACGUGGCCCACAUCACGUCGAUGCUUGCCGGGGCUCCCGACCUCGAGAGCCUGGACAUCAGCGAGACACCGAUCGACGCGAGUGGCAUGGCCGUCCUGGGGCGCCGUCUGCGCGACCUCACGAAGCUCAGCGUGCUGCGGCUGAGGUACUGCCAGAUCAACGAUGCCGCUGUGCGUGUUCUGGUCGACGCGCUGCACGCGCUCGCGCAGAGGGAAGACUGCCGUCUACGCGUCGUCGACCUCAGCGGCAACGUCAUCAGCCACCGGGGCGCCACGUGGGUCGCGCAGCUGGUCGGUCGUCGCGGGGUCCUCAGAGAACUAGCUCUCAACAACUGCCAGCUCGGGGACUCGGGCGUCGUGGUUUUGGCCGGCGCGCUGGCCAGCAACGAGAGUCUGCGCGUGCUCGACCUGGACUUCAACCCGAUCGGGAACCCCGGCGUGAGCGUCCUGGCAUCGACCCUGGAGCGGAACAACAAAACGCUCGAGGAACUGCGUCUGUCGGGCGGGGGGCACGGGCAGGCGCGCAUGGGGCUCGCCGGGGUCCAGGCGUUGGCUCGCAUGCUGGGAGGGCGGACGGGGCUGAAGGUCCUCCGCCUGGACCACCAGAGCGUGUUCCUUGACGGACGGACCAAGGUGUUCUUCGAGGCGUUGGCGGAGAAUCGGACGCUGCGAAGCCUGUCGAUGCGGAGCUGCACUUUCCGGAAAUACUAUCCACGCUCGGCAGAAACUUCUUGCGACGGCACACCUGGGCACGUAGCCAGCGCUCUACGCAAGAACUCAACGCUGCAGCGGUUGUACCUGGAGAACAAUGGUAUGAACGUGUCUGACAUUGCCAAACUCGGCAGAGGACUGCGCAGGAACGAGACGCUCAAUGAACUGCGUCUCUACAAUGGCUGCUCCGAUGGCGUUUCGGCUGCACGCAAAGCAGCAAAGGAAGCAAAGGUCGCCUUGGUGUGCGGAAGUUUGCUCGGUGGAGGUCUUGUAGCGUUUCUUGGAGGUGCGAUCGCCGCGGCCGUACGUCAGGAGCGGCAGAAUCAGGCACGUUGGCGUCCCUGA